AUGGCCUGUCCUCCCUCCAAACGCCUGCGUGCCUCUGGUCCAGCUCUGAUCCUGGACUUGGAUCCGUUUGAUGAGGACUUCACUCAAGAUGACCUGGAUGAGAUGGACGUCAUCGCAUCACAGGCUAUCACCACAGAAACGAGAGAAGAGGUCAGGGUACCAGGAGGAGGGACCAUGGCAACAAGAGGAGGGGCCAUGGCAACGGUAGGGGGCACCAUGGCAACGGGAGGCGGGACCAUGGCAAUGGGAGGAGAGAGGAUGCCAAAGGGAGGAGGGACCAUGGCAACUAGAGGAGGGGCCAUGGCAAAGGGAGGAGGGACCCCAUCAACAGCCUCCAGAGCAGCAUGCAGCACCCUCACUGGUUCCUGGACAGUGGAAAGUCAGGAGACCCAUCAAGCAGAACUCCAGAGGAAGCUCACUCUGGUGGAAGAGGAGUUGCAGCUGAAAUCUGGUGAAGUCCGAGUCCUCAGAGACUCCCUGAGGUCAGCUCAGCAGGAGGCAGAGUCUCACAAGCUCCGAGAGCUGAGAGUCCACAAAGAACGAGAGGCUGAGCAGAGCCAGAGGGAGAGGGAACUGCUCAAGAAGGUCCAGUCCCUGGAGUCUCAGCUUCAGUUUCAAGAGGCAGAGCUGAACGACAUGAGGAGCAGGCGUCCGAGCCGCAGCUCUCCGCUCUGCAGAAACAGUCCCAAACUACAGAGCUCAGCGUCACCCUCUGGCGGCUUCAUCACCAAAGAGUCCUUCAGUGCACAAGUCAAACUGGCCAAUCACAGCACUGAAGCAGUGGCAUCAGCCAAUCACAGUGAAGUAAAGACACCUUCAAAGAUCCGGCGGCAUGAGGCGUCCCGUGAAGACCCGUUCAUGAGAGUGAGACCUCCACGGACCCCGAGACCAGGGGGCGCCCUUCUGAGUCUACUUUGUCACAGAGCAAGUCUGUGCCACCUCCUGACUCCAAGUCCAAGCUCAUUGGCUGGUGGUGAUGUCAUCGCUUCAGGUCCGAAUCCAGUUCAGGGUCUGGUUUUAACCGGACUCAACAUGUUGAGUUUGGACCACAGCAGGUCCAGAGGGGGCGCUCUCCUGCUCCUGCCCCUCCUUCACACUCAGCUGUCGGACGUCCCAGCAUCCUCUGUGGUGCCCUCUACUGCCCCCGCGGUGAAGCUGCACCCUCCAGACCCCCCAAGACAGACCCAAGGCCCAGAGGAGGUGGUAGUGAGUCUGCAGGUGCUAACCACUCUGCUACAACACAGCCCUGAGGUGGUAGAGUCCAUUCUGUCGGGGAAGACUCUCAAUACUGCAGAUUCAACGAGUGCUUUGCUGCAAUGUGUCCUGAGGCUCUGCAGAUCUCCUCACGCUGAUGUCACAUGCGCCGCGCUGACGACUCUGCUCAUGCUGCUGCAGAGGAGUCCAGAGAGCCACAAAACAAGAUGGGACUGUGUCCUGUCGGAGGUGUGUGCGUGUGUAUCAGCUGAUCAGAGGUUAAAGGUCGUGAGUCUAUGUGUCUCUGUGCUCACGUCCCUCAGCGACAACGGGACUGUCCUGGACCUACUGUGUUCCCAAGAACCCUGUGUAGUACUCCGAAUACUGCAGUUUGUCCGCAGCAGAUCUGAUCCAGAGGCGACUCACACCGACUGGGUCCAGCUGGACUUUAAGGUGAUCCGGUUUUUAAGUCGAAUCCUGGCUCAAAGUUCAGAGCGACCCACAAACAUCCACUGCCAGUGCAACAGCGAGUUGGUCCAGUGUGUGGUCCUGGUUCUUCAUAGGCUCUGGUUGGACCUGAGAUCGCCACAGGCCCCGCCCACACCUGCACAGGCCCCACCCACCUCAUCACACCUAAAGGCGCAUGUCCACGCGUCGCUACAGGAGACGGUGCUGCUGUUUCAUUGGCUGCUGCAGAAUCACCGCAGUUUUACAGAGAGCUUGAGAGGAGUCUUCCACCUGUACGACCAAGUUAUACCAGGACUGAGACCAAAACCAGGUCUGAAACCAGGUCUGGAAGCGGGUCUGAACCAGGACUGCAGUCAAGACUACAGCCAGGAGCUUGCCUUGGACGAAAUCUGCCGCUGUGAACCUGACGACGACAUGGAUACAGGCUCCUGA